CUUUUUAAUGUGCUGCAUACUCGUGUGUUAAAGGAGGCAAUUUUAUCCUACAAUGAACAGUAUCGCGAUUAUUGGUCUUUUGAUGGAUUGCACGCAUACUUUCAAGCGAUCGGUCCUUCGGAAUCAUAUGACUUCUUUUACCAAACUUUACCGAAGAUGAUUGAUCUUGCACUUAGACUACCGAAAUUAAUAACUAAGUCUAUCCCUUUACUGCGUCAGGGCUAUAGAGGCAGUGUUACCAUGAGUCAAGAACAAGCAGCAUGCAUCUUGGCUAACGCAUUCUUUUGUACUUUUCCUGAAAGAAGUGGCUCGUUCACCAAAGGUUCGCACGACUUUGGUUACCCUGCUUUCAACUUCAAUAGCCUAUUCGAGAUCAAAUCCAAUAGAGUCUUACAAAAACUGCAAUGUCUUGUUCACUAUUUUGGACGUGUAACUAAAACAAGUAAGCUAAAGCCAAUGCCGAGAGGAAUCAUCACCUAUGAACGGCGACAAGUCUAUGAUAUUGACAAGGCGAUUGAAAGCUCAAGAAGUCAGUUUUGUAAAAUUUGCGUUGAUAGUUCUGGGCUAAUUGAAGAUGCAACGGGAAUGUCCCAGAUUGAUUUUGCUAAUAAAAGAAUUGGUGGUGGAGUACUUAGAUCUGGAUGUGUUCAAGAGGAAAUACUAUUUCUAAUAAGUCCAGAAUUAAUCGUAUCGUUACUGAUAACUCAAGUUUUAGAUGAUAAUGAAUGUUUAAUAAUUAGAGGAUCAGAACGCUUUAGCCAUUAUUCUGGAUAUUCUAAUUCUUUCAGAUGGACUGGAAAUUAUGUUGAUAAGACACCUAGAGAUAGCGAAGGAAAAUUGUACUCUGAAGUUGUAGCAAUUGAUGCUUUGGUAUUUUCAAGCUUUCGAGCUCAACUUAAGCAAGCUUCUCUGCGCCGUGAAUUUAUGAAGGCAUAUUGUGGAUUUAAUUUACCAAGGUCCUAUAGUGGCCCUAAAUACGCCAUUGCUACUGGCAAUUGGGGAUGUGGUGCUUUUGGGGGCUUAAUCCAAAUGAUGGCAGCGGCAGAAGCUGGGAGACCUGUUUGUUACUAUACCUUCGGUGAUAAGGUCAAAUUUGUUGAACUGAAAAUAUGGAAAAAUAUAAGAACUAGCUAA